CCGGGACCGCUUGGUAAAGUCCGACCUCAGCUCCCUUGACGUGGAUCAGCUGAGACCACCGCGGACACGUACACCAUGGCCAUGACUCUGGGUUACUGGGACUUCCGCGGGCUGGGACAUCCAAUCCGCCUGCUCCUGGAAUACACAGACUCAAACUAUGAGGAGAAGAAGUACACGAUGGGGGACGCUCCAGACUAUGACAGAAGCCAGUGGCUGAAUGAGAAAUUCAAGCUUGGCCUGGACUUUCCCAGUCUGCCCUACUUGAUUGAUGGGGCUCGAAAGAUCUCCCAGAGCAAUGCCAUCCUGCGCUACAUUGCCCGCAAGCACGACCUGUGUGGGGAGACAGAAGAGGAGAAGAUCCGCAUGGACAUUCUGGAGAACCAGGUUAUGGACUUUCGCAAUGACCUCUCCAGAGUGUGCUACAGCCCUGACUUUGAAAAACUGAAGCCGCAGUACUUGGAGGAGCUCCCUGACAAGAUGAGGCUCUUCUCAGAGUUCCUGGGGAAGCGGCCAUGGUUUGCAGGGGACAAGAUCACCUUUGUGGAUUUCCUUGCUUAUGAUGUCAUCGAACGGAGCCGUAUCUUUGAGCCUAAGUGCCUGGACACGUUCCCAAACCUGAAGGACUUCAUAGCCCGCUUUGAGGGCCUAGAGAGGAUUUCUGCCUACAUGAAGUCCAGCCGCUUCCGCCCACGUCCUGUCUUUGGAAAGGACUCUUUGUGGGACAAUAAGUAGGGCCUGUAAAUACAGGAGGUGGGAGGAGAAGCCAGUCCUGUGCCUGUUCCCUGGAGAACACCUGCCCCUCUCCCCUUCUCCUCCCCCCACCCCAGCACCAGCCCUCUCCUCCCUUUCCGUUCUUUUCACUCUGUUCCCCUCCUCAAGGUCUUAUUUGCCUCCUUUUCUCCACUCCAACCCCACCUUGUUCAGGCCCUUGAAAGCCUCAGCUCCCACUUCCCUUCAGCAAAGUCCCCCUCCUGACCUCUCUUGUCCCUGCACCAAAGCCAACAAGACUGCCAUUUCCCUCAGUGUUGCCUUUGCUCAGAUGAGCACCUGACCCCUGGCCUGUAGGGCUCAGCCCUGAGCUCCCUGCUCUGCCCUGAGAGACCAGUAUGGCUGGUGGUGUGUGGGCCCUGCCCCAGCGUGGUCCCUGGCCCAGCCCUGUCUGAUCCAUAGGUAAGGGUUGGGCCACACCUGCUGUGUCUUGUCCUCUUGGCUGCCUGGAUACCGGACUAACUCUGGUAGUGGUGGUAGUGGGAAAAGGUGUCUUCCAUUUGUUUUCUGGUGUCCAGGGCAGGACCUGGGUUGAUGCAGGGGCCGGUGGGGAGAAUAGAGUUGUAAGUGUUCUUGCUCAUUUCUGUCCCCUCUCUAUGUCCCUCUGGCCCUCACCAUGGGGCUCUCCACAGGAGGCUCCUCUGUGCCUGGGGCCUUCAUUCAUUCAGCUUUCAUCAUGUCCCUGAGAACCUGUGUAUGUGAUUCUGAGGGUGGUAGGGUGGUGGGGAGUGGAUUGAGCAGUCCACAGGGUGUGGGGUUCAGGGGGACUACCCUCUUCACCCUCUCCUAGAAGUUUUCACUGAUUCAGAUGCCCCUCCUCUCUCUUCUCACAAUAAAUCUCGACAGAACGUAUCCCACUGUA